UUUAGGACCAAAGCUGUUCUAAGCUGUCAUCUUGGAGCAUCUUCCUCGCACCAACGCCGUCCGUCACCAUGCGAUUCUCUGUUGCCUCAACACUUUUGGCGCUCGCCACGGUCGCCUCUGCUGCUUCCUCAUGGACCUUUUCGGACGGUACCGUCAAAGUGCUCUCAAAAGCCGGCAAUGAUGCGGUAGAGAAAUUCAGCGGCGUUGAUCGGGUGCAGAACACCCUUACUCUGGGUCACCAGGACAAGCUCAAAGUGACGCUCACGACAAAAGACGGCUCCACGGCGAAGCGACCACACCAAGCUUUCUUGGUCGUGAAGGAGGCAUCUGGUCUGGAGGCUCCUUUCCCGUUGACCGUGAAGGACUCUGGAAAGGGAACGGUCGAAAUUUCUCAGAAAGAUCUUCCCGUCCAACUGCUUCUCUCUCAAGAGCCCCUCGAAGCCAGCCUUGUUCUGGCCUCCUUUGGCUCUUCCAAGGGCUCAGUUACCCCUGUUUUCGAUUUCACCGUCAAGCUGGACGCGGCCACCUCUGCGCCUAGUUACGAGAAGCCACUGCGAUACGGCAAGCUUGCUGAGAUCCAUCACAUUUUCCGAGCCGAUCCCAAGAACCCUCCCAAGAUCGUCUCUAUUACAUUCGCACUCGCCGUGCUAGCUACUGUGCCCGCUCUGUUUAUCGGCUGGUUUGCUCUUGGCGGAAACUUUACUCAUGUGCAGAAGGCUCUGGGCAAUGCUCCCAUUUCACAUGUCGUCUUCUUCGGAUCAAUCGUUGCCAUGGAGGGUGUCUUCUUCCUCUACUACACUCAGUGGAACCUGUUCCAGACCUUGCCUGCGAUUGGCGCUGUUGGUGUCGCCGCCUUCUUGAGCGGAACCAAGGCCUUGGGUGAGGUUCAGCGCCGACGAUUGGCCGGCGAGAGGUGAGGAUCUUGAAGAGCAAGGCAGACAACGAAAAGGGGGUUGAGAUGGGGGCUAUUUUCUCAGCUUAGAAGCAACUGGACUAGAUCUCUAGUAUAGCCCAUCUAGCUAGAGAGGCCAUUGGCAUCCGGCGAGACAUGAAUUGCCUCUUUUUGAUGAUAUGAGGGAUGAAAAGACACAAAUGCAUAGUCAAGAUGAUGUAAGAUAUUAUGUAUUGAAGCAUUAAAGCAUAGAGAAGCCAUUGUUGAAAAAUGAGUAAAUCAAUCAGAUGCUGUCACGCAUGCCGAG